AUGUUGUCAGCUGGUCUUUCAAGCAUCAGUUUCCGGCCAAACUCAGGGCUAAAGCAAAAUCCAAACGACAUCCGAGAAGCGACGACGCAGAAGCGAGAGCUUGAUAUGUUUCCGGAAGCAGUAGUGGCAUCUGAUGAUGUUAAGCCUCAGUUGGAUAUUACUAAGAAUAAGAUGAUUGGGAUACUCACUACUGUACUUAUAUAUAUUCUCAUUUUUUUGGUACAAUUUGAUCAGCCUUUGACAAAUAAUCCAGAGAACAGUCAAGUGCCCAGAAGCCAAUUGCUGCCCCCGUUUAGAAGAAAAAAAGGAGGACCUCUAGUCAAAUCUAACUUACCAUGGUCAGCUAGAAGGGGAAAUCUCUCUGAAUACGAUCGUGUCUUGAAAACAACAGCAGAUAGGAUAAUGAACAAGCAGACCCCAACUAAGUUUGAUCUGCGACAUCACCCAAUUUACAGUGGAAUUAAAUCAGCUGAAACCUUAAAGUGGACUAUUUCACUGAUACAUAACAAGGCUGUGAUGGAACCGGCAUUUUGUCCCAUGUACGCUCUUCUGUGCAGUGAUCUCAGUGAACAGCUCCCACCUUUAGCAUCUGAUGAACCUGAUGGUAAUGUAAUUACUUUCAAGAGAGUCCUACUGAAUAAAUGCCAGGAGACAUUUGAGUGUGCUGACGAACGGAGUGAAGAAUUAAGGCAUAUGACUGCUCCGGAGCAAAAGAUGGAGCGUAGGGUUAGAGAAAGAAUGCUCAAGCUUCAUUUUCUUGGAAACAUCCGUUUACUUGGAGAGCUUUAUAAGCAGAAGAUGGUACCUGAAAAAAUCAUCCAUCACAUUGUUCAGAAGCUUCUAGAUCCACCUGAGGAAAACGUGGAAGCUAUAUGUCAGUUACUUAACACUGUUGGUAAGCAGCUUGAUGAGGACCAAAAAUCACGGCGUAUAAAUGAUAUGUACUUCUGUCAAUUGAAGUUACUGAGCACAAACCCUCAGUUGGCUCCUCGACUGAGGCACAUGAUUCGUGACAUUCUUGAUUUGAGAGAAAAAAAUUGGCUUCCCAGACGUAAAGAGGUAAAACCCAAAUUCAUCCCUGACAUACAGUCAGAAUCGCAGAAUCAAGGGAACAUCAGCCCAGGUAAAUACAUCCCUAGGUUCAGAAGAGAUGCAAUGUUGAGUAAUCUUCAGAGAAAAACAGUCUCUCUUAUUGAGGAAUAUUUCACUAUCAGACUUUUGGACGAAGCGCUACAGUGUGUGAAGGAACUAAAUUCUCCAGAUUACCACCGUGAGGUUGUCAAGGAAGCUAUUUCCCUGGGACUAGAGAAAAGUCCACCCUGUGUUGAACCAGUUGUGAAGCUUCUUGAGUAUCUGUUUGCAGAGAAAGUUCUUGCAGAUGGAGACAUAGAGCUUGGAUGUUUACUUUAUGGCUCAAUGUUGGAUGAUGUUAGUCUUGAUGUACCCAAAGCACCAAAUGGUUUUGGUGAAAUUAUUGGGAAACUAGUUCUGGCUGGGGUCUUGGAUUUUACAGUGGUGAAUAAGGUGGUGAAGAAGGUGGAAGAUGAGCGGUUGCAGAAAGCUAUAUUUGAUGGAGCAGAGCUGACUGUUAAUCAUUCUCCCAUAUUUUCUUCCAACAUCGUCUACUUCAUGGAGCAAGCAUUGAUCGCUGGUCUUCCAAGCAUGAGUCUCCGACCAAACUCAGAGCUAAAGCAAAAUCCAAACGACAUCCGAGAAGCAACAACGCAGCAGCGAGAGCUAGAUAUGUUUCCGGAAUUAGUGGCAUCUGAUGUUAAGCCUCACUCGGAUGUUACUAAGAAUAAGAUGGUACAAUCAAAUCAGCAUUUGACAAAUAAUCCGGAGACCAGAAACCGACGGUUGCCUAGAAGAAAAAAAGGAGGACCUCAACAAAGAUCUGACUUACCAUGGUCAGCUAGAAGGGAAAAUCUCUCUGAAAACGAAUGUAUCUUGAAAACAGCAGCAGAUAGGAUACUGAACAAGCAUACCUCAGCUAAGUUUGAUCGGCUACAGGAUCACCCAGUUUACAGUGGAAUUAAUUCAGCUGAAACCUUAGUGGGGACUGUCACACUGAUAUAUAACAAGGCUGUGACAGAACCUGCAUAUUGUCCCAUGUACGCUCUCCUGUGUUCAGAUCUUAAUCAAAAGCUCCCGCGUUUCCCAUCUGAUGAACCUCAUAGUAGAGACAUAACUGUCAUGCGAGUCCUAUUGAAUAAAUGCCAGGAGACAUUUGAGGGUGCUGACGAACUGACAAAAGAAUUACAGUGUAUGACUGCUCCAGAACAAACAAUGGGUCGUAGGAUUAGAGAAAGAAUGCUCAGGCGUCGUUUUCUUGGAAACAUUCAGUUAAUCGGAGAGCUUAUGAAGCAGAAGAUGAUGGUUGAAAGGAUUGUUCAUCUUGUUGUUCAGAAGCUUCUUGGACCAGCUGAUAGCAAGUUUCAACCCAAUGAAGAAAAUGUUGAAGCCUUAUGCCAGUUAUUAAUCACUCUUGGUAAGCAGUUUGAUGAGAGCCCAACAUCACGCUGUAAAAAUGAUGAGUACUUUAGGCAGUUGAAUGAUAUGAGCACCAGCACGCAACUGGCCCCACUACUGAGGUUCAUGAUUCGUGAUCUGCUCGAUUUGAGAGCAAACAAUUGGGUUGCCAGGCCUGAAGAGGUAAAAGCCAAAAAUAUCACUAAAAAAUACUCAGAAUCACAGAAUCUAGGGGAUACCGGCCCAUGUGGCUUCCUCCCCAUGACCAAAACAACUGCAAGGUUGAAUAAUCUUCAGAGAAAAACAGUCUAUCUCAUUGAGGAAUAUUUCAUUGUAAGGCUUUUGGACGAAGCGCUUAAGUGUGUGAAGGAACUAAAUUCUCCAGCUUACCACCCUGAGGUUGUCAAGGAAGCUAUUUCCCUUGGACUAGAGAGAAGUCCACCAUGUGCUGAACCAGUUGCGAAGCUUCUUGAGUAUCUGUUCACUGAGAAAGUUCUUGCAGAUGGAGACAUAGAGCUUGGAUGUUUACUUUAUGGCUCAAUGUUGGAUGAUGUUAGUCUUGAUGUACCCAAAGCACCAAAUGGUUUUGGUGAAAUUAUUGGGAAACUAGUUUUGGCUGGGGUCUUGGAUUUUACAGUGGUGAAUAAGGUGGUUAUGAAGGUGGAAGAUGAGCGGUUGCAAAAAACUAUAUCUGGUGCAGCAGUGCGGAUUGCUAAUUCUACUCCUUGACAGAGUUUUUUGGAAUAACAAGCAUCUGAUGCUGAGUGA